CGACCCCGACAGCUCGUCGACCGGUCGUUGGGCGGAAGGUCAAUUCGCGGCCCGCAGGGGACCACCCAGCGCCUUAUAAAAGGGCCCGGCCGGUCGCAGGUCCUGCAGCCCGCUCGCAGCCUCGCCCCUCUCCCGGAGCCCCCGUCCAGCCCUUGUCCAGCCCCUGUCCAGCCGCAGCCCGGCCCGGCCCGGCCCGACCAUGGCCAGCGAGUUCAAGAAGAAGCUCUUCUGGCGCGCCGUGGUGGCCGAGUUCCUGGCCAUGACCCUGUUCGUGUUCAUCAGCAUCGGUUCCGCACUGGGCUUCCAGUACCCUCUGGCCAGGAACCGGACGAGCGGCGCCGUCCAGGACAACGUGAAGGUGUCCCUGGCCUUCGGUCUGAGCAUCGCCACGAUGGCCCAGAGCGUGGGGCACAUCAGCGGGGCGCACCUGAACCCGGCCGUGACCCUGGGCCUGCUGCUCAGCUGCCAGAUCAGCGUCCUGCGAGCCGUCUUCUACGUGGUGGCGCAGUGCAUCGGGGCCAUCGUGGCCACCGCCAUCCUCUCGGGCAUCACCUCCGCGCUCCCCGAGAACACCCUCGGCCGCAACGCGCUGGCGGAGGGGAUUAACUCCGGGCAAGGCCUGGGCAUCGAGAUCAUCGGCACGCUGCAACUUGUGCUGUGCGUCCUGGCCACCACGGACCGGCGCAGGAACGACGUGGGUGGCUCCGCCCCGCUGGCCAUUGGGCUGUCCGUGGCGCUGGGCCACCUCCUCGCGAUCGACUACACCGGCUGCGGCAUCAACCCUGCCAGGUCCUUCGGCUCGGCCGUGAUCACCAACAACUUCACUGACCAUUGGAUCUUCUGGGUCGGCCCCUUCCUCGGGGGCGCCUUAGCUGCGCUCAUCUACGACUUCGUCCUGGCCCCGCGCAGCUGCGACCUCACCGACCGCGUCAAGGUGUGGGCCAGCGGUCAGAUGCAGGAGUACGACCUGGACGCCGAGGAGAUGAGCUCCAGGGUGGAGAUGAAGCCCAAGUAGAAGGGAACGGGGUCCGGCGGCGGGAGGGGGGUAGGAGGGCUGGGGGGCGGGGGGAGGAGGUCCCGCUCUGGGAGAUUUAAUCAGUAUUAUAGACUCUUUUAUAAACAGCCAAGCACCGUUUUCCCAAGAUCCCCAAAUCCCGGAAUUCCCCUGCUCGUUCCGUUUGUGUCCUCCGCUAUCCUUCUUGUCCCCUCCCUUUAGCCACCGCUCCGGGGGUCUCCGCGACCCCCUUCCUACUGCAAACGACUCAAGAGUCGAAGAAGGCUUUCAGAGCCCGGGUCUACAUGGAGUUCUUUUGGUGUAUGGGGGGCGGGGGACGAGGGAGGUCGCUACGGGGGCAUCCAGGAACACCCCCCCCCCCCAUCCUCCGGCUCCGCCUGUAUCUUUAUGAAUCAGAAUUCCAUUUGGGCUUCGAGUCUCUGAUGAGGAGGGAAGGGACGGGGGGUCUCCUGGAGACCGAAGACUCUCCCUAAUCUAGGAAUCCUAGAUUCCAGCCUCUUCAGGAGUUGGAGGGAGGGGAGGAAGACAGCAGAACAGAAAGCCCGGACCCGCGACCAGCCGGGGUGGGGGCGGGAAGGCCGGAGGGAGAAGCCGCGGAGCCCAAGGCCCCGGGAGAGACCCUCCCUCUGUCCCCUGCAAAGGACACACACCUGACCGUCAGACCCGCAUCCCUCCAGCCACUAAGGGGGCUUAUCGGGGUCCGUAUAACACAGAGAAAAGCCUAGUCCGUGUAUAGUCUCCGUGGACACAAACAAUAAAUACCUGUACUCAAACUCA